AUGACAACCUCAUGGAGCGACCGACUCCAGAAUGCAGCAGAUCUCCCUGCAAACAUGGAUGGGCAUGCUUUGAAAAAGUACCGCCGGGAAGCCUAUCACCGGGUCUUCGUAAACAGAAGUUUAGCCAUGGAAAAGAUAAAGUGUUUUGGUUUUGAUAUGGAUUAUACACUUGCUGUGUAUAAAUCCCCUGAAUACGAAUCUCUUGGAUUUGACCUGACCGUAGAAAGAUUAGUUUCCAUUGGAUACCCUCAUGAGCUGCUCAAUUUUGUGUAUGAUCCUGCAUUCCCUACCAGAGGCCUGGUGUUUGAUACCCACUAUGGAAACCUGUUGAAAGUUGAUGCCUAUGGGAACCUCCUGGUGUGUGCACAUGGCUUUAAUUUCCUCAGAGGGCCUGAAACACGAGAUCAAUAUCCAAAUAAAUUUAUCCAGAGGGAUGACACAGAUAGGUUUUACAUUCUGAACACGUUAUUCAAUUUACCAGAGACCUACCUAUUGGCUUGCCUAGUGGAUUUCUUUACUAACUGUGACCGGUACACGAGCUGUGAAACAGGGUUUAAAGAUGGAGACCUCUUCAUGUCCUUCAGGAGUAUGUUCCAGGAUGUCAGAGACGCUGUUGACUGGGUUCAUUACAAGGGAUCACUCAAGGAGAAGACCCUUGAGAAUCUGGAAAAGUACGUGGUGAAAGAUGGGAAGCUGCCACUGCUGCUCAGCCGCAUGAAUGAGGUUGGGAAGGUGUUCCUCGUCACAAACAGUGACUAUAAAUACACAGAUAAAAUUAUGACUUACUUGUUUGACUUUCCACACGGACCAAAGCCUGGGAGUGCCCAUCGGCCAUGGCAGUCCUACUUCGACCUGAUCCUGGUGGAUGCGCGAAAGCCCCUCUUCUUUGGAGAGGGAACCGUGUUGCGGCAGGUGGACACGGUGACCGGGAAGCUGAAGAUUGGAACCUACACUGGCCCACUGCAGCAUGGCAUCGUGUACUCAGGAG